AUGCCGGAGCUCGUGAUGACGGGUUCAAGCACGAAUUCCGUUGUCUCGCCACCACUAGCUGCGUUCCAGCCAACCCUUCGCAUAUUGAAGCGGCCAACCGCAGCAUCGACCUCCACAUUUGUCACGUCGACACCGCAGUCUGAUGUACAGAAGACUUAUGCUGAACGAGAGGCCCAGUAUCAGGCUGCGCGCGAGCGCAUUUUUACAGAAAACGCUCGUGAUAGCGCCGAAGCCAGUGCCAGAGAAGAUAGUGGGCGGAGCAGUGGCGCGAAGGCUGCAAUGAAUGGGCGUCCUUCGAGAGAUGCUAAUAUCAUACGGGAUCCACGGGGGCCUAACGCAGAGAGCACACACACAGCAUUUGGAGAUAAGAAGGCAUCUCGAGGAUUUACAGGCAGGAGAGGGAAGGGAAAUCCACGAGACAAAACGUGA